AUGGCUCGUGCUGUGCUGGCGGUGUGCAUGCUGGCAGCAGUGGCUUGCUGCGUUCUGCGCAGUAGCUGGGCAUUUAUCCCCGGCCGGGAGCCGGUGCGAAGUGAUGCCGUAGUGGCAGCUGCUGGGGCAGCCGUGGCUGCGAGCAUGCCCCAGCAUGCAGAGGCCUUCGUCUACAAGGGCAAGGAGUACUUUGACGUGUUCUACGGCAUUGACCCCCUGGCUUGGGCAAGCUGUGGCUUUGCCAUUGUCUACUUUGGGGCGGCGCUGAAGAACGCCGCGCAGAAGUAUAACAAGCCAGUUGGUCAGGCACCUCCCAAGGUGGGCGGAUUUGUGGGGAAGGAGGUUGAAAACAGAGAGCCCCCCUACAAGGCCUGA